AUCCUGUUGAGAAUCCGAAGAAGAAGCACACAUGUAUGCGAUACUUGACCUGUGAAAUAUACAAAUCAAACUGCGCAUUUUUGGUAUUUAAGUCCAAGGCAUUCGUAAAAGAUUCGAGGUAAAAGGCUCGGCUGGCCACAAUGCAGACAGUUCACCUUUAGAACCAAUAGAAUUCGGUAGGCUGGCGGAUCUUGUCUGACAUCACAAUUUUAGAUGUCUUUAGCCAAUAGGCAUGCAGUUCCAAAGGAGGACACAAUCGCCUUUUGAGAUUUGUAGCUUGGAGAAAAAAAAUCCCUUCUGCUGUUCAUGAUGCUUUACUAGUGGUAUGUCGAUACCACCUACCCAAUUCCAUUAUUUUGGGCCCGUUUAGAGGCAUUAGGGUUCUGUUGCUACAUUUUUUUUAAACGUUAAAUUGCCUGAAUAGGACGUGUCUUUUGAAAGCAGCGUCUCUAACGCUUUUGUUUCGUAGUUUUCUUAUUUUUGUAUGCCUGAUUUCUUCGGCUCCUGGGUGGGUGGUGUCACACUAGUACUACAAUGAUCGAACGACCAGAAUCUACAGUUGCCAGCAUUGCACAGAGGAAUCUGGAGGGGUAUGUGGGGUUCGCCAACCUCCCCAACCAAGUGUACAGGAAGUCAGUGAAGAGGGGCUUUGAGUUCACACUAAUGGUUGUUGGUGAGUCUGGAUUGGGGAAAUCCACGCUCAUCAACUCCCUCUUCCUGACUGACCUGUACUCCAAGGAUUACCCUGGCCCAUCCCUACGGAUCAAGAAGACUGUGCAGGUGGAGCAGUCCAAGGUUCUGGUGAAGGAAGGGGGUGUCCAGCUCACUCUCACCAUCGUCGAUACGCCAGGGUUUGGAGAUGCAGUGGACAAUAGUAACUGCUGGCAGCCUGUCAUUAACUUCAUUGACAGUAAGUGUGAGGACUUCCUGAAUGCAGAGUCCAGGGUGAACCGACGACUGAUGCCAGACAACAGAGUUCACUGCUGCCUGUACUUCAUCGCCCCCUCUGGCCACGGGCUGAAGCCCCUGGACAUUGAGUUCAUGAAGCGUCUCCAUGACAAGGUCAACGUGAUCCCUCUAAUCGCCAAGGCAGACACUCUGACACCUGAAGAAUGCCAGCUGUUCAAGAAACAGAUCAUGAAGGAAAUCCAAGAACACAAGAUCAGAAUCUAUGAGUUUCCUGACACCGAGGACGAUGAGGACAGCAAGCUCAUCCGGAAGAUCAAGGAGCGGAUGCCUCUGGCAGUGGUUGGCAGCAACGUGGUGAUUGAAGUGAACGGCAAGAAGGUCAGAGGUCGUCAGUACCCCUGGGGCGUGGCAGAAGUGGAGAACGGGGAGCACUGUGACUUCACUGUGUUACGGAACAUGCUGAUCAGGACCCAUAUGCAAGAUCUGAAGGAUGUGACCAACAACGUCCACUAUGAGAACUAUCGCAGCAAAAAGCUUGCUGCCGUAACCUGCAAUGGAGGAGUGGACACCAGCAAGACCAAGAACCAAAUGACCAGGAGCCCCCUGGCCCAGAUGGAGGAGGAGCGGAGGGAACAUGUCAUGAAGAUGAAGAAGAUGGAAACAGAGAUGGAGCAGGUGUUUGAGAUGAAGGUCAAGGAGAAGAAACAGAAACUGAAGGACUCUGAGGCUGAGCUGGAGCGACGCCACGAGCAGAUGAAAAAGAACUUGGAGGUUCAGUAUAAGGAACUGGAGGAGAAGCGGCGUCACCAUGAGGAAGAGAAGUCAAACUGGGAGGCACAGCAACGUAUACUGGAGCAGCAGAAACUUGACGCUUCUAAGACCAUGGAAAAGAACAAAAAGAAGGGAAAAAUAUUUUAAGUUGAACCUAUUCCUCCAAUUAAAUAUUGCAAACUUGUUUUUACAUCCUUUUUGAUGUUCACACAAUCUAUGACCCUCAAACCAUAUAUAUACACACACACACACGCGCACGCUAAUAAGCCGCGUUCACACUGCACUUAGCUCAGGGCUACGAGGGUGUUUACACUUGCACAUUAUAAAGUGGGCUAGCUGACCCUAUUGUACUAUUUAGGUCAUACAUGGACCUCACACAUGCAUCUCAUUCAGUACAUACAACAACAUGCCCCAAUGUCACACUCAUACACCACUAUACACACAUACACACACACAGCCACAUCCCUCUUUUGGGGGUCUGCCAAAACCUUUUAUUUCUAUUCCUGACAAGGAGGAAAUUAUGUCCCUCUGAUCUUUGGAGUUUUACACAUGGCAGGCAUCAUGCAUAGCCAUCCUUUAUACUAGUGUACUACAAUCUGUUCUCUAGCUAGCUCACCUGUUUCUUCCAGCAGAGGCAGCUCAAGACCAUUCACAAGCACACUCCAUUGUGACUUGUGUAAACACAAUUACGUACGCUCGGACAUUCCCUGAACUCCUGGGACAUGUGCAUGUUAAACACACACUUGUAGGUGGUUAUUAAGGGUUCGAGUCAGGUGUGAGUGUACAAGAAACAGGAAAAUAAUUGUUUUGAAUUAUGACAGUCAAAAGCCAAGUCGAGAUGAAAAAGCCAGGUUCAGGAAAGGGGGUGACCUAUCUUAAAUGUGUGUGUACUUGUGUGUGGGUGCCUGUGUGUGUGUGUGCACGUGCCUGUAAACCAUGUGUUUUGUGUCUUCUAUUUUACUAAUAGAAGACACACUUAACGGUAUAAAGAGUAACAUUGUCAGUGUCAUAACAUUCUCUGGAUACUGAAGCAGAUAAUUAUGUCCCUAAUUAUAUAGAUAAUGUUACACAAAUCAUAUGGGUGUCUAAAACAAUGAUAACCGUGAUUGUGGCAAUGUCUUAUAUUGUGAAGUGAUGGAUUUUGUCAAAGCCCUAAACCUAAAGCCCUAUCUAUCCCUUGUCCCCUGUUCUGAAGACUGUACCGAGAGCUAUAAAUGCAUGGGUUUGUCCCAAACGCAUGGUGAGACUCUGACACUGAGACACAUUGUGUGACACCUCUAAACCCUUACCUCUCUGAGGUCGGUCAAGUUUUAUUUGAAUAUAUUAUGUAUGUAUUGUUGGACAACAAUCCCUUGAAUCCAGUAGGAUCAUUUAAGUGGUUCAACAAUUAUUAUUUUAGUGUAGUCUUGAUUUGACAAACCUCUAGAAAUCUUAAGAUGCACUUGAAGACAUGCAAAAGGGACACAGAAAAUGCACAGAUAAAUACAACACACAUAAAACCCCUGUAAUUUUCUUCUGGUUCACAUACAUAAUGGAAUUGACUGUAAAUUGUUAUAUACUUCACAACUGAACACAAGCCCCAAAUCCCAGAAGACAACCUCUGACCCAACCUACACUGCCUUCACAAGCCACACACACACAAUAAUACUCUAUGCCAACUGUAUGCUUUCUCAGGACCAGUCUCUUGUUGCAGGUCUCUGAGUUGUAAUAGUCAGAAGUUAGUCCGUGGUCUGAGAAGUCUUAAAGGCUCAUUUGAGCUAAGGUCUGAGACAAACUUUUCCUAAAUCAUUCUUUAACCACUGCCCUAUCUAAUAAUGUUGAAGGUAGCCAUAACUUUAGGAGUUGUUUUUUUUUUUUUUUUUUUUAUAUAUAUAUACACUCUUCAGCUUUAUUCUGUUCUUCAUUUUAUUAUCUGUUCUCUCUAAUUGUACAUUAUUAAUAUUAAAGAUGAGAAGGUUAUGCUUAA